AGCGGUGACGGCGGUGGUAGCUGCGGCGGUGGCGACGGCGGCGACGGCGGCUCCAUCCAUUAUCCCGCUAUUCCUGCAAGAGCGCCCGUAUUGGUGUACGUGUGUGCGCUGGCAUCGGCACUAUCUCCGUCUGCGUCAGUCCCGUUGUCUGUCUCGCCUCAGCGCCGCCACCAAACCCGCGGCGGAGACAGGACUAGAGGAGAGAGAGAGCAGCAUCUAGCAAAAUGGACGCCUUUGUGUCUGUUUUCUUCGUAUCUGCACUAUAAAUAGUGCUUGUGCCGCAAGCGGCCGUGCGCGCGAAUCCCUAAGACAGAUCUUCGACGUCGCGGCCCCAAGUCGAAUAUUAGCGCACCGUCGCGGGGAACGCCAGUAAAGAAGUGUGUGCCGCGUUCCUGCGUUGCAUCGCUGCCUGACGUCCCCGCGAGAGAGCCGCGGCUGCUACUCUAAACUAGUCGGAGGCCGCUUGAACUCGCAACCUAUCUAGCGACGGGACCGAGACGUCUAAGGAGGGAAGCCGCCCCGGGGCAACUGCCCGGAAACGCGCGAGGAGCUGCAAGGACCCAAGUAGGCCACGGUCCGCGGAUGACAGGCUAGCUAGAAGGCGAGAGCCGACCAAAACAAGCGCCUUUGAUCCAGUGCCGAGGCAGGUGUACCAAAACAUGGAUCAACUUUUGCAGGACCCUAGAGCCUCUUCAAAAUUUGGUUGACCCUUGCCUUGAGACAACAUGGGAACUUGAGAGAACUGUUUUGUGUGUCUGGCACCUUGGCACUUGUGCUAGUGUCAAUAUUGUUUUAGCUAAACUAUAAAGUGACAGUUGUGAGAUUCAACAAACGAUUGUUAUUUUGCGAGGGAAUCCGUGGUACGAUAAACAUGCAUCUUACAGACCAGUACACACAAUUGUGAUUCUACAUAUUUUAACCCAAGAGAUUUACAUCCUCUCUGCACUUGCGCUCUAUUUAUACUUGGACCGAGGGCAAGCUAUCAGAUGCCAGAACAAAUCCAAAUCAAAAUGAAUGGGGUAAUACCGAGUGUACCAAUCACUACCCUUGCGGGAAUAGCAAGUCUCUCCGAUCUGUUGCCUGAAAUGCCUCUUCCUACUCCAUUGCCGCAGACUUUAACAAAUAAGUCUCUUUUAUUCCAUCCGAGAGUUGCGGACGAGGCACAAAUUCUUUUAAGUAUGCGAGAUGAAAAUUUGGUACCCCAGUUAAUCAUGUCUCUCUCUCAGACCUCGUCCGAUCAUAUUGAGUUAAAAGAUCACUAUGCAAAUCUUGAGCAACCUUUAGAAGCUCAGCAAAAUGCUCCGGAGCUUUUAAAAGCCAUUCUACAAACAAAUCCACAUGUAUUCAAGGGACCUCAGUACAAUUCUCCUAGAAGUUGGCCACAACAAAGCCAUCAAAUGGCGAGUAAUUACGAACGUUUCUCACCGUCUUAUUCGAAUUCUUCUAGUUCGAGACAAACCCCACAAGGUAGUCCUGCGCACAUGGCAGUCGGGAGAACCAUGUUACCUGGUGGUAUUCCCCAUGCCCAACAACCUAGGAUGCCUGUCGCACCGCAAAAUCAUGCUGAUGUUACGCAAAGCAGUCCUUUUACCGUGCCUUCUCCGUCGUCUCGUGCGACUGUCAUAACAGAACAAACAAGGACUUCGACUACUCCGCAGCACAUAAUAGAAGAUACUCAUUGUCUCAAUAAUGUUACUGCUCAAUUUAAUAUGCAUUCACCAGCGCACAUGAGCACUCCUAGUCCUCUAAUAUCAUCUCUUGGUAAUGUCACCCCUCAACAUCAUAUAAUGUCGAGUGGAAUGACGCCACAACAUAAUAUGCAUAUGACACCACCAACUGAUAGUGGAAUUUCAGUAACGCAACAUCAUCAAAUGCAGUCACAGCAUCAUCAUCCAUUGCAUCAACAUCAGAUGCACCAACCAGCAAUGAGUGUACAUCAACAAAUUUAUGAUCCUAUGAUGAACAGACAAAUGCAUCAAUCUCAGAUACCUCAAGCAAUGGACAUUGAUCAUACAAUUCACGAUAAUCAGCAAUUCAUACUUGACCAUGUUACAGGUCUUCCUGAAAUCGAUUUACCAAUUGGAAGCUUGGAUACAAAUCACAGUAGAGAGAUGAUCCCAACUGCUAUGACAUCUCAGCCUAGCUUAUUUGACAAUGUUAAUACAAACACAAGCUUGGACAAUACCAUGAUGCCUUUGUCAGAAUCUGUACCGCAUUCAGUAUCAAUACCGCAGCCACACUUAUUUGAGCAUCAGCUUCAAGAACAUCAUCAUCAGCAUCCACAUAUGUCAUUAGAACAUCAUCAUCCACAACACCAACAUCAAUCGGAGCAUAUGAAUCAGUCGCAGAUGCAACAAGCCCAUUUAUUUCAACAAGACCAGCAACAAAAUAAUGUUUUUGAAAAGGAUGUGAAAAUUUCUUUAAAAGAACCCAUUAUUAUGUUAAAUAGAUCUUUAGCAGAUCAGGCAUUAAUGAAGAAAACUCUCAAUACUUCUAAUGAAAAAUCUCCCAUGCGUGCGACAAGAACAAGUAUAUCGAGUCGAGAUCACGAUGAAAAAUCUAUUAAAUCUGAAUCUGACAGUGAAGAGGAAAUUGGCAAAAAUAAUAAAUACUUUAAAUCCAGAGCGAAAGAGCGACAAGCGCAAAAAGAAAAGGAGAAAGCAGAAAAGAAAAGAAAUACGGAUGAGAAACGUUUAUCAUCUGCUAGAAGGAAAAGGUUAAUUGACGACGACGACGACGACGACGAUGAUGAUGACGACGACGUUGAUGAAGACAAAAAGGAUGAGACUCUGUCACCCGUUAAGCCAAAAAUCAGAAAAUUCGAAAAAAAACUUGUUCCUGUAUUACCAAAGCUCAGUGUAGAAGAGCUUAUGGAAACUAAUACGUAUCAGCGAUUUAAUACAUUAGUAGAGACAAUUUUUGAAAAUACUGAAGAAGCAGCUCUGGAUGAAAUAGAGGAAGAUGGCGAUGUACCACAAGAAUUAUUAAUUGCUGACCAUCAAUUGCAAGCUUUGUGCUCUGAAGCAGCUAAAUUAAAGUCUUUAGUUUCACCGCUAGCAGAUCCAGAUGAUGAUAUUGAACAAAGUCGUAUGUGGAUGCAAAUUGCAAUGAGCAGAGUCCAACAGGCUGUCGAUGCUUCUCUCGUUUGUUUGCACAUUAUGACGUCGAGUAAUAUGCCAAAAACAAUAUACUUGGAAGAUGUCAUCGAUCGAAUAAUUCUCUUUGUUAAAUUUCAAUUACAGAACACAAUUUACCCUUCCUAUGAUCCUGUAUACAGAAUAGACUCAAAAAAUAAGACUGACAAUUUUAACUCUAGUGGACGUAAAAAAAGAAGCCAUGCCAAGGAAGUGAGAGAGAAAAAUCUUCUAAUGGUUUACAGUAAAUUGCAUGAGCUGGUUAGUCUCUUGUCAGAACUACUCAAUAUACAAAUUCUCACCGACACCAGUGUACUUCAUGCUUCCACACUUGGUGUUGCUCCAUUCUUUGUUGAAAAUGUUAGUGACUUGCAAUUGAGUGCCCUUAAACUUGUUACCAUCAUCUUUACAAAGUAUGAAAAGCACAGAAGAUUACUUCUCGAUGACAUAUUAGCUUCCAUCGCCAGACUUCCAAGCAGUAAAAGAAGUCUUCGAACAUAUAGACUUAGCACAGACGACUAUAUACAAAUGCUCACUGCUCUAGUGUUGCAAUUGAUUCAGUGCGUUGUAGUUUUACCUGACAAUUCAGUACAAGGGCAAGAUAAACCUACAAUCAAAGACGAAGAGGACAAGAAAAAAGAGAUAACAUUAAAUAAUAUUGACGUCGAUGUACUCAUAUUAAGUAAGUAUGAUGCAGCACAAAGAUUGGCAGGAAAUUUUUUAACUGCCUUUCUUAACAAGUGUGGCAAUAAAGGAGAGGAAGUCGAUUAUCGUCCGCUUUUUGAGAAUUUUGUUCAAGAUUUACUUGCCACGGUAAAUAAGCCUGAAUGGCCAGCUGCUGAACUGAUGCUUAGUUUACUAGGUAAAUUGUUGGUUGGUCAUUUUUCAAACAAAGGUUCGGAUAUGUCUCUGAGGGUAGCUUCUAUAGAUUACUUAGGCGUUGUUGCCGCUAGAUUAAGAAAGGACGCAGUCAGUUCCCAUUGUAAAUUAGCAACUAUAGAUCAAAUAAUUUCUGAUAUUAAAAUUGAGCAGUCGAGAGAUGCGGAUUACGAUCAAGUAAAAGAUAAGGAAAUUCCAGGAUUGGAUCCAGCCGAGGAACGGAUAAUAUUUCUACAAAAGGUCCUUCUCGAUUAUCUGGCUGUUAACGGAACCAAGGAUUCUGCUCUUGGCUACGCGCGUCACUUUUAUCUAGCUCAAUGGUAUAAAGACUGUGCCAUGGAUAAACAACGAGUAGGGCAGCCGAAGCACGUAUCGCCCAGUAAAAAAUCGCCAAAAAAACGAUCGAGAAAGAAAGGCGGCAGGCAUCGGAUAAGUGACGACGAAAGUGAGGAAGAGUUGGAAGAAGAGAUAAAUCCCGAUGAGAAUGAUAAUAAUGAGCAAAAGCAUUCGGAAAGUUACAGGAUAAUUGAAGAGAAAAAAAAGUUGAUAGUAAGUAAAAUUCGGCCCUACAGUACCGGAACAAAGCCCGACAUUCUACAAACAUAUAUUGAUUAUAACUCGGCCGAACUCAUCUCCCAAUAUCUUGCGUCAACACGGCCUUUCUCUCAAAGUUUCGAUCGCUACUUACAGCAAAUUCUCCGUGUAUUGACCGAAAGUUCCAUAGCAAUUCGAACAAAAGCCAUGAAAUGCUUGACGAUGAUCGUCGAGGCAGAUCCUAGUGUGCUGGCCCGCGUUGAUAUGCAGCUUGGCGUCAAGCACUCGUUCCUCGAUCACUCAACAUCAGUACGUGAGGCUGCGGUCGAUCUUGUUGGUAAAUUUGUGCUUAGCCGACCGGAAUUGAUUGACAAGUAUUAUGAAAAACUUCUGGCCAGGAUUCUUGAUACUGGCGUUAGCGUAAGAAAGCGAGUGAUCAAGAUCCUUAAGGACAUAUGCAUGGAAUUUCCCGACUAUGAAAAAAUUCCCGAAAUCUGCGUAAAAAUGAUACGACGAGUAAACGACGAGGAGGGUAUAAGGAAGCUUGUAAUGGAAGUUUUUCAGAAUAUGUGGUUCACACCUGUCAAGGAACGCCCUACUCUUGACACAAAAGCUUUGCUCCGUAAAGUCAUGAACAUCACUGAUGUUGUAGCAGCUUGUAAGGACAUGGGACUUGAAUGGUUCGAACAACUACUUGUUAGUCUUUUUAAACCUAAAGAGGACAAAGAGGAUAGCACCAAAUUGAUAACUGAACCACCAAAAGCUCUCUUAACUGCCUGUACCCAAAUCGUUGAUUGCUUAAUUGAAAACGUACUCAGGUUAGAAGAAACAAACUUCAAUACUUCGAGCGAUGUUGACGAAAAUCCUCAAAAACGUGGUUCUUCUCAAAGACUCGUUGCCUGUUUAACGACACUUUAUCUCUUUGCAAAAAUAAGGCCCCAACUUUUGGUUAAUCAUGCAAUAACACUGCAGCCUUACUUGAGCUUAAAAUGCCAGACUCAAGGAGAUUAUCAAAUAAUCAGUAGCGUUGCCCACACAUUAGAGCUUGUUGUGCCCCUCAUGGAGCACCCCAGUGAAACUUUCUUAGCUCAAUUGGAGGAAGACUCGGUGAAGCUGAUUCUCCAGCACGAUAGAUCCGUCGUAGCUAGUUGCCUCUCCUGCUUGGGAUCUAUAGUCAAUAAUGUCACAAGGAAUUUCAAACUAAUUAGAGAUUGUUUCAAUAAAUACUACGGCUCUAUGACCACAUAUAAAUCCGUUUACGAAAGAGAUCCAGAUAAUCCAUGGCUAAUCAAGUAUAAACCAUUUUUCCGAAGAGCACUUUUUACCGUGGGCUUGCUUUUAAGGCAUUUUGACUUUACUGAUUCACAAGUGAUAGAUGGUCUACCGGACAACAUCAAGGACCAAGUUUUUGAAACACUCAAUUACUUUGUCAGUCAAGACAACGAUGACACAAGGCAAUUCACACUCUCCGCUAUUGGCUCCCUCUGCAUCCGGCAUUAUGAAUUUAUGAUGCUGCCUCAACUCGAAGAGCUCUAUCAUUAUUUUUUAACAUCCGAAUGUGCACCAGUGCAAAUGAGAAUACAAGUCUUGAACAACAUUGAAUUGUAUUUAGCAGAAGAGGAGAAAAGGAUGAUAAAGCAGGACCUUGAGUGGGCCAAGCUUUCAAAACAGGAAAAUCUUAAAGAGAUGGGUGAUGUGUCAUCUGGAAUGGCUAGUGCAGUAAUUCAAAGAUAUCUUAACCAAAUUCUCGAGUCUUUUCUACACUUCAAUAUUAAUGUACGACACGCUGCCCUUAAAGUUAUUCAAUUGAUAUUGGCCCAAGGAUUAGUUCAUCCAGUGACAAUCGUACCCUAUCUUAUAUGCAUGAGCACGGACUGUGAAAAGACAGUGAGCCAUAGUGCCGAUAAACAAUUACAAGACAUUGAAAAAAAAUAUCCGGGCUUCGUGCACACAAAAGCUCAAGUUGGAAUAAAGUUAAGUUAUCGAUUACAACAAAUACUGCAGAAGGAUACGACUCUGGUUAGAGGCAUGCGAUUAAAAGAAGGUGAGUACCCAACUGCCCUCAAUGGAUUUCUUUACACCAUACUGCGAAAUACAAAACAACAGCGGAGGGCUAUUGUCCAGUCCUUCCUCAAGCAAUUUGACGAAAGCGCCAAGACAAGCCUCUCCCAAAUGCUCUAUUUGGCAGACAAUCUCGCCUACUUUUCUUAUCAAGUGCAAGAUGAACCACUAUUCAUUAUUCAUCAUAUAGACAUAAUUAUAUCCAUGUCAGGUACAAAUCUGCUUCAAUCCUUUAAGGAAACUCUUUUACCCAAAGAUGGUCAUUCGCUGCAGCAUCAAAUGCAAGGUAUGACCUUACAACAACAACGCCAACAGCAGCAGAUGCAGCUACAAUUACAGCAGCAGCAGCAGCAGCAGCAGCAGCAACAACAAUUGGCAAUUGAACAACAGCAUCUACUUCAACAACAGCAGCAGCAUUUAUAUCCACAGGGCGGAGAAAUGAUGAUGCACGGUGAAAUGGGCCUUAUGGGAGAAAUACAAGCAGUAGGAGCUCAGGUGGUAGCCCAAGCAGCGGCCCAAGUAGCGGCUCAAGUAGCAACUCAAGUUCAAAUGCAAGUCCAGCCAGUGACACACACCACGCCUCGGGCUCAAGCCACGCUGUAUGGUCCGGAUGGAGUACCACGUCCUACUCAGCUACUCGCCGCAAUCGAAGAUGAAGAGGACGACGAAGAGGAUGAGGAAACGGUCCUCGAAAGAUUACCUGAAAAUACGAGAUUGCUACGCGAGUACAUCACCGCCAGUCAGGGCUUUCUUCUAUUGUUGAACCUACGCCAACAUCUCAAGGAUCUUUAUGGCUUUUCUGAUGCUAAGAUCAGUCAGUAUUCGCCCUCCGAAUCGGCCAAGGUUUACGAGAAGGCACUUAACCGCAAAAGCAAUCAGCUGUUCAAGCCCAAGAGUACACUGCAAAGACUGAAGGAAAAUAAGAGCGACGAUCAGGAAUUAAACGACGAAGGAAGGCGACAGUUGGUAAAGGAGUACCUCGACUUUAAGCAGCUCAUGUUAAAGUUCGAUCCUGAUGAUCCCGACGACGAGGAAGAGGAGAACGAGGGUGGCGUUGCGAAACGAGGUGUGCCCACCAAUUCAUCAGAACCUGAUCGGCUGAACUCCUCGACAGGUGGAAUAAUCUCAAUCGAGGCCAUGCCUGUUCAAUACCAAGUGCACCAGGUACCGGAACAUCCGAACAACUCGAUGGCCCAGAGCCAUGGCCCACCCCGAGUGCCCAAGCUCACGAUACAUGCGAGUCACCAUCAACAGCAGCAACAGCAGCAACAGCUAUUGCAACAGCAAAACGCUCCCGCAGACAAAGAGCACCACCGCAAGCAUCGCGCUCACAAAGCAGAUAAGCCUAAGAAGCACAAGAAAAAAAAGAGGAGAAGAUUGUCGGAUAGCAGCGAAAGCGGCGAGGACUUCAGCGACCCCGACUUUCUCGUGUGAGUAACCGAGGGUCGUUUUUUUAUUUCGAUUAUAAUCGAUCAUGCGUUUUCCAACUUAUUUUUCA